AUGUUUCUUUUUCUUUCAACUGGCACAGUUGCAGAUGCCACCCGAACGCCUCCUGGAAUACGAAAUCAUCGAACGCUGCAGUCGAGCAAUCGCAAUCAGUCACAUUAUGAUCCUUUCUCAAACGCAAAAUCAUCAUUCGGCGGCAGUUUGACAUCAGGGUUACCGGUAAAUAGGAGCAUUAAACAGGAUUUUUUACCAACAUGCUCGUUCUGCCUUCUGACUUUUCCUAACGAAGCUGGACUCCAAGUGCACGAGGUUCGAUGUAGUAGGAAGGCCGAAUCAAUUCAUGCAGAUGCUGAAGAGUUCAGGGUCGACUCGCCGUUCAUGCUGCAAACUCCAACAAAAAAUUCCGAGUCUGAUGCAUACAGUAGGUAUCCCCUUAAAAAAAGAUUGCUAGCUGCUGUGGCUUGUGAGCAACAGGGUCCUUCAAAAAUUCCUAGACCGGAAUCAGGCGAUAUAGUCAUACACGAACAAAAGACGCCAACAGCGGAUAUGAAGGAAGACGUAGUCGAAGUAGUCAGUGAUACUUGCCGAAGGUAA